GUUCAAUUGCUCGAGCUGUACGCAUGUGUUGCAGACAGUAAUGGCUCUUUUGCAGACGACUACAUGCCUCCGCAUUUCCAUACUCCUCUUCUUCCUCAUCUUUUUGUUGCCCAAGGAAGCUUACUGCAUCAGAAUCCCGAAUCGAAUCGCGGAAUCUAGCACCAAUCCGUCAACCCAUCAGUCCUUGAAGACGGCAGUUUUCUCUCUGGGAUGUUUCUGGAGAUCCGAAGCCGUUUUUGGUUGCUUGGAUGGAGUCUUCCGGACCACUGUUGGCUACGCUGGUGGUUCUAAAUUGAACCCCGAGUAUCGUAGCUUGGGGGAUCACGCCGAGUCUGUUCGGGUUGAAUAUGAUCCCAAGGUUACCAGUUUUAGGAAACUUUUAGAGGUUUUUUGGUCCAGUCACGAUUCUAGGCAAGUGUUUGGGCAAGGUCCUGAUGUGGGCAACCAGUAUAGAUCUAUCAUUUUUACUAAUGACACUGAAGAAUCUAGACUGGCUGCUGUCAGCAAAGAAAAAGAGCAACUGAAGUCAAGAGGAAGUGCUGUGACUACACAAAUUCAGGAACUUGGAGCAUUUUAUCCUGCAGAGGCUGAACAUCAGAAAUUUGAGCUGAAGAGGAAUCCUUUCUUUCUUCAACUAAUGGGAAACUUGCCAGAAGAGGAGCUCGAGAUGUCCACUUUGGCAGCAAAGAUGAAUGGGUAUGCCGCAGACCUCUGUCCUCCAAAGAUUCAGAAGCAAAUUGAUGCCAAGAUCAACGACAUUAUUAAAAAAGGAUGGCCCAUUCUGAGGGAAAAAUAAGUUAGUUUACCUUCGUGGCAAAGUUCUAGCUUGGAUAGCAAACCAACUCUGUUGCUUCAGUUGAGCUUCUUGUACUGCUGGACCAUUGCAAGGUUGCAGAAGCAGAUUGUUUGGGUCAUUGAUUGGAUUUCCUUGCCUAGCUUCAAUUUUGUGUAACUAUAAAUAUUCUAUUCUUUCCCAAAUCCUUCAUGUAGAUUGAUUGAUUACUCAUUACCAAUUGGGAUUUUUUCAUUCUUUAAACCUUGAAUUUCUCCAUUCUCACGUUCAGGAACUGAGCUGUAUCUCAUGUUUUUGAUCUAGAGUAACAGGCGUUGGAGAUUCGACAAGCUCCAUAGUCGAUUAAAAGAUUAUGCUAUAAGCUAAAUCUUUUGUGUUUGUAUGAAAAAAUCAUGAUAAUACUGAAGAGGGCGAUUGAGGUAAUA